UUUCACCUUUGUAACCGCCGCCUUGUCGGAUGUCGGCGUCGGUGGUCGAGCUCCACGGGGACGUGUACAUCAAGUUUGCCCCCCCGGGCACGUCCAAGCGGCACUCGUGCAAAAGUUGCGAUAAGUUCACGCCGUCGUGUGUCCAGUGCAAGAAGCGGCGGCGGAAGCACAAGCGCCAGGCCGCCGCACGACGCACGUCGAUCUGGGAAACCGCGUCGCUGAACCGGACGUGGGAAAUCCCAGACGAAAUCAAACUCCAACUGCCCCUCGUGGCCACAGAAAAAUCGGACGGCGUCCCAGCCCGCGACACCUUCUUGGAAUGGUCGGGGCUGUGCUUACCCCCUCCGCCCUCGGCCGUCCGACACCAUCACCACUACAACCAGGACGGAGGCCACGACCUAACAAAUCAGUCGCAUGUUGCCACACGAAGCGCAGAAGCGCAUACGCUGUCGGAAUCCCAGCGAAACAGCUACUUUGGGGCAACUGGCGCGGCGUCGAUGAAAGCAAUUUACUCGAAACUGGCGUCCCAGCGCUACUUGCAAACGGGCGGGACAGAUGGCCUUGUGGACAAGUUCAAAUCGAUGCUGGCCAGCCAAAGCGAGCCGUCUCCCGACGCCAUCGGAAGCCUCAACUCCAACGAAGCGUUUACGGCCCGGCACAAGUUUCUAUCGCUAUGUUUAGACCACGAACUUCCCCCAUGCCUCCGUCUGAUCAUUCGGAGCAAGGUGUCGCCUGAAAUCAACGUCUCGCACAUGAGUAUGGGCGACCAACUGGUCCAAGUAUUUUGCGAGUGUUUGCUUGAAUUGCCCAUGGUGUUAUCCCUCAACCUGCGCAACAAUCGGCUCACCGACGUCGGCAUCCCAGCAGUCGUCAGAGUUGUGGCCAAGAAGCACGACUUGUGUUACUUGGAUUUGAGUGAAAACAAAGUCGACGGAGAGGGAUCGUCGGCGUUGGCUUCGUAUAUGGCUACCCCCUCCUGUGGCCUCUCCACGCUCAUCCUAAGUCACUGCGACAUUGACGAUGGCGAAGUCGUAGCAUUUGCCAAAGCUCUAUGCACCAACCGGACAUGCCAUACAUUGGACCUCAGUCGCAACAUCAUUGGCAGCAACGAAGCGCUCAACGUAGUGCAGCCGGACUUGGUCACUGGCGGCGAAGCCCUCGCUGAAAUGCUGGCUACCAACGGACACCUGACUGUGCUCAAUCUAAGCUGGAACUUUUUACGACUCAACAGCGCCGUCGAGCUGGGCCGGGCGUUGGCUCAAAACAACACGCUCAAAGAGCUCAACUUGAGCUACAACGCGUUCGGGAACGACGGCGCCCAAGCGAUUGGGUGUGCUUUGCAGCGCAAUAUAUGCGUCGAGAGUUUGGACAUGUCGCAUAACAACAUCCCAAGCAAGGCGGCGUUUGUCAUAGCCCAAAGUUUGCAUCACAAUGACACGCUAACAUCCCUUGCGAUGGACGGCAACCCGUUGGGGCGCAUCGGCGGUGCCACGCUGCUCCAGGCGAUUUCUACCGCGUACAACAAAACACUCAACAUUUCCCUGCUCGGGUGCAAUUUUGACAUUGACGACUCGAGUGGGUUUGACCCGACCAACGCCACGGGAUCAUAUGACUUGAAUAUGGACGUGCCAUAUGAGCGAGCAAUUGCGCUGGAGCUGCUGCGCCUUGCCAAUACCCAAAAAGGGUGCAAGUUCCUAUCGUUCAACCACAUCUUAGACAAGACAACCCAUGCGAUUCCAGUGGAAAAAAGAGAAGUCAACAAGGCCAGAGCUAAGCUCGUGACGCGGCGGGCCACCCACGCUGUCUUACGCGGUCGGAUGGCUCCAGACAAGUUGGACACACUCUUCAAAGAACUCGACGCCGACGGAUCUGGCAGCAUCGAAGCGUCGGAACUACACAAAGGAAUGCACGCCCAGGGCCUGCAUUUAAGUCUCAACGAAGCCAAGCAGAUGGUGGGCCGGUACGAUUUGGACGGCACUGGCACGAUUGAGUUUCCAGAGUUCUUGGACCUGAUGUCCCAGUAUUACUUUGACGAUAAACCCGUGACCGAGUGGGUCGAUACGUCGACGGGCAUGCCGCUGGAAGUGCCGACGUCUGGGCGACUGAAAUGUGAGUUUCUGGACCUGCAUAUCCCGUCCGAAGCCGACGAAACGGUGUCCAAAGCGGGGGUUCAGCUGCUCAUUGAAAACAUUGCAAAAGAUCCAAACCAAAUUGAGUUGAUUCAACUCGCCAAACAAAACAUGCAUUUGCGCCAAUCGGAAGCGCAGUUGUUGUUGGACACGAUGGUCACCAAGAUGGAUAUCGUGGACGCUCUCGUCAUGUUGUUGCCUCAAGUGGUGGACGCCAAUCAUGCGUGUCCGCUGAUUGAACUCAACACGACACCAGCUCAACGACUACGAUUGCAAGCCCAUCUACGCGAAAUGUUUGGGCCGAUUGUUGGGAUGGCCACAGGGCAUUACUCGUUGGAUUUGGGCGACGACCACGACAGAGCGUCGUUUAAAAAGAUCAUGGAGCUGAACAACAAGCUCAUGUAUUACCGCCGCACCAAGAACUUAAAAGACACGAGUCAGCAUGAAAACUACAUGUGUUUUCGCAACGAACUGUACAACAACAAGCCGAUGGUGAUGACCCCGUCGUUCUAUGACACACUGCCCAACUACGGAUCGCUGGACUUUGAUUUUGUCCAAUUUAGCCGCCCGAUGCCUGACAUUUUACCCAUGAGCGACAACCGGUUUAAACAACUCGUGGCGAAAUUGUAUUUGGAUCGCAUGGAAUUAGCGGUCCCGCUGUCGUUUCGACGGGCGCCGACGCCAGCCGUCCGCACGUUAAACCCCAAAGUGUACGACGAAUUGAUCGACCUCCAGCGGUUCCGCACGCGUAUCCCCGAGUUAUACAACCGCGACAUUGCCACGCCCAUUGAGUUUACCCCGCCCAAAGAACAACACGACAUUACCCCCGAACGGGUCAAGUAUUCUGGGCGGCGGCUGUUAUUAGAGCUCCAAGCGCUGUUUUGCUCCAGAUGGAUCACAACUCGCCAAGCAUUGUAUGUCCUUGCCAAAUGGCCAUUGGCGUUCGGCACUACCAAAGUGGACGCGGCACUCAUGCUAUUCGAUCGCAUCUUGGACUUGUACAAUUAUUCCCAAGUGUUUACAGCUCUCGUCGACAGCGAAGUCGCGCAGCUCAUCUUUCGGCUCGGAUGGCUCAAUUUGUGGUCGCCGUUGAUCCCAGAAAUGUACUAUGAGCUCGACUUGACCAUAUACGAACAACGCGAAGUCACCAAGGUGUUGGUCCAGCUCGCGAUGGACGAACCCGGUAAUUUCUUAAUUACCUUGUAUCGUCGUGGGGAAAAAGUCCCACUGGGCAGGAAUAGGGGAAAACUGGCAAGGGGCGACGUUUGGAUGGGAUCGAGACUCGCCCAUGCCAGGGUGGGUCCUCAACAUGUCGUGGCUGACCCCGGGGAAUUUUCCCCAAAAGGGAUAUCUCCGCGUCGAGUAUUACUCGGGCGCAGACAAGGGCUGCAGUCCCGUGUGGGCCAGUCGCCACACGUCGGCCCAGAACGUUCUGGCAGAACUUCCCAAGCAAUUCGAUGUAUUUCUCGCCCAUCGGGAAGCUUUGCGACGUCUGGGACGACGGGGAAGUAGUGGGGAAAAUGCCCCAAAGAUCAUCGACCCACUCGAUCCCAACGCCCCCAUCGACGAACUCUUGCCGGAAACCGAAGACAGCCUCAACCCCCCCACGACAUCAUUCAUGUAAAUAAAAGUAAAUUGUUAUAUAUUCUGGAUAAAUUUCCAGACCCCGUCGACACCGCCGAAUCGAAUCACG